GUUAACAAGUUGGCAAGCUACAAAACGUAGGCAUUUUAAAUAAAAAGUAAAUUAUUGAAUUGAAUUAUAUACAAAACUUGCAAGUAUGAACACGUCAUAUAUAGUACUCCUGGCCUGUAUUAUAGUCGGAGUGGCGCAGUCGGCGCUGGCGCUCAAAGAGGACGAUUGCGAAGUUUGUGUGAAGACUGUGAGGCGUUUUGGCGACUCACUGGACGAUGCAACAAAGAAGGACUAUAGGCUGAUUGAGACGGCGUUUAAGAAGUUCUGCAAGACACAGAAAAACAAGGAACACAGAUUUUGCUACUACCUGGGCGGUCUUGAGGAGUCUGCCACAGGUAUAUUGAAUGAAUUAAGCAAGCCUAUGAGUUGGUCAAUGCCAGCGGAAAAAGUAUGUGAGAAACUGAAGAAGAAGGACGCGCAAAUUUGCGAUCUACGAUAUGAGAAACAAAUAGAUUUGAACAAUGUGGAUCUGAAAAAACUGAAGGUUCGCGACCUGAAAAAGAUUCUUAACGACUGGGAUGAGAGCUGUGACGGCUGCCUGGAGAAAUCAGACUUCAUAAAGCGUAUCGAGGAGCUCAAGCCGAAAUAUUCUCGCAGUGAACUGUAAACAAAUUAUCUAGUAAAUAAAUAGCUAUUUACGAGAAAUAUACAUACACAUACGCCCACUCACAAAAACGAAAACGCCCACAUACAUAUAUUAUAGUUAAUUUACAAUUUUGAUAGACUUUGAGAGAAUAAAUAUCUAUUUUGAAAUAAAUAAUGUGAAAGAGCACACACAAUAAACCCG